AAUGAGCUCUAUUUAACAGGUGCUGGUAAACGUCAUAUUAGAAUGGAUUAGUAACCAAAACAAUCGAAGAAAGUGUAUGGUAAUAGCAAUUCAUUGCGUCAUAAAUUUACAGAACCCAAGCGCGUGAGCCUUCUCUUUAUUGGUACAGUCUUAUCCAGCUGCCUUUAUAUUGUGCCGUUUUGACGUUUUAACUUGGAGGAAAACAAAUCGUUUACACAGGGAGUUUGGAGCCAAACAAAAAACUUCGCGUCUAAAGUAGAGAGCAGUAGUGUUAAAAUGUGUUUAAAAUAUUUGGUCCUAAUUUAAAUGGCAGAAUUUUUAAUAGCAGUGAAUAAUUGGUGAUUGAUGGUUAAUUGGUUCAACACUAAAAUGGAUCAGAAAUCCCCCAACAUAGUUCCAGGAGAGGCGUCCGAAACUGACGAAGACGACUAUGAUUGUGGACAGAAAACUGUUUCGGUUCCGAGCGUUUUCCGUAAGUAGAUGAUAGGACUAUUAUGAAAUAAAAACGCUCGUAAGGACGUGGCGAGGUGUUUGGAGUUGAGCGGGUCUACGUCAUAUUAGAUUGUUGUGAAGUCUUAUAUGACAAUGGUUAUGCUCAAUUCUGCAACUCCAUCUACGAUUUGUGCAGGUGUUCAUGCUAUGCUAUGCUAUGGAUAAUACAGAUCGAGAGCGGUCCUGAUGCUCCACCUCCUAUCACCAUCAGUACAUCCCCUCAGCGACGAUCUUCUUUUACGUACGCUGAAGAAGCAGUGGAUCAAUCCGACGGCCUCUCGGAUAGUGAUUUUCAACAGUUGCAGUUCCAAAGACUAAUCAACGAACGAUGCGUUUCUCUUUUGAACGAGUUCAUCCACACGAUGGCCGUUUCCGUCUCGAGGCAACUGGCCGAAACCGACAAUUUGCUGAUGAAAUCACAGAUGAUAUUGCAAAACACAACAACCGCUGUUAGGAAGAUCAAUGAAUCGACAGAACAAGUGGCCUCCAAAUUACAGGAUACACUUUCGUCAAAUUUUAUUCCAAAUAUUAAAAUUCAACGAUAACAUAUUUAGGAAUUUAAAUUGAGUAAAUACUGUCAUGUUUAUGAAAGGGCUAAGCACUAAACCUUUUAUAGGUCAAAGCGCCAAAAAUUUUUUAUUGAUUAUUAUAUAUUAAGUAUCAACAACAAUUUAGAAGUACUAGACAAUCUAAAUACAAAAGAGUUGUUAAAUAUUA